AUGAAGUCUACUACGGUCCAUAGGUUCAUUCUCUUCAUUCUCUCGGUGCUGUUACUUGGACGUGGAGUUGUAAGCAACUCAGAGCCUGCCGCGCCUGUGAAGCAAUUCUUCGAGAAACAUGGAGCCCGCGAGUCCGGUCACACCAACAACUGGGCCGUCUUGGUGUGCUCGUCGCGAUAUUGGUUCAACUAUAGGCACAUGGCAAAUGCUCUGGGGAUGUAUCGCACUGUGAAGCGGCUCGGUAUCCCAGACUCGAACAUCAUCCUGAUGCUCGCGGACGACGCCGCAUGUAACCCACGCAACAAGUUUGCAGGUUGCGUGUACUCGAACACGGGGAAUUAUCUGGACUUGUAUGGAGACAACAUCGAGGUGGACUAUCGUGGAUACGAAGUGACUGUGGAGAACUUCUUGAGGGUCUUGACAGGUCGAAUGGACAGCUCUGUUCCAAGGUCGAAGCGUCUUCUCACCGACGACCGCUCCAACAUCUUUGUGUACAUGACCGGCCACGGCGGCAACGAGUUCCUAAAGUUCCAAGAUAACGAGGAGAUCAGUGCCUUUGACAUUGCCGAUGCGUUUGAACAAAUGUGGCAAAAGAAGAGGUACAAUGAGAUAUUCUUCAUGGUCGACACUUGUCAAGCAAACACCAUGUUCUCGAAGUUCUACUCUCCCAAUAUCCUGGCGACGGGCUCCUCCGAGAUUCACGAGAACUCGUACUCUCAUGAGAACGACUAUGACAUCGGAGUCGCUGUCAUCGACAAGUUUACCCACUACGUACUACAGUUCAUGGAAGGCAUCAAUAAGACGAGUCAAGCGUCUAUGCAAGAUUUGUUCAACACGUUUGACCCGAAGAAGUUGGACUCACACCCUGGUGUUCGCUCGGACCUCUUCCGCCGGCCACUGGAAAACACGCUCGUGACUGACUUCUUCGGCGGUGUCGCUCAGGCCGAGGUUGUACUGCCCGCGCUGGAAGAUGCCAUAGUGGAACCCGAAGCCCUCGAACCAGAGACUAAACAACGGCAGUCGCCGACUCGGGAGGUCGCAGACACCUUUGUCGACCCCUCUCUCCUCGCGACUGGAUGGGAGCUACCGAAUGCUUCCGACGUCACUGCAUCAGCGCUGAGACAGCACGGUGGUCCCGAUGUCGACUACACGAAACUCAUGGUUGCGGCGGCCCGGACCGAGAUCGCCCUCAAAGAGCCGUUUACAUCCACGUUGAGGGCUUGGGCAUCUAGCCUAUUAAUCCUCGCUCUCGUUUCAUGGACAACCGUACCACGGAACCGCCGCCCAUCCGAGCAUUGA